AACGUCAAGUUUUAAGUUUGAAAUUUUUUCACAACCGUCUCUGUUGCGUUGUUUAUUUCUGGUUUGCGAUACUUUUGGACUUUUAUUUGACUUUGCUGCUCUUACGGAUUCUGUUUUGCCCACGAUUGGACUUUCUUACGGAUAUCUUAAUAAACGACAACUAUUGCGCUUUCCCACGGACUCUGUUUUAUGCUCAAGUUUUGGUGUGAACAUGUCCAGGCUGAAAUGCUGUGUACCUGGCUGUGAUGUCGUUGCAGGAAGUGGUACUCUCCUACACACGUUUCCAGAUCCUAAGAAGAACAAUAAGUUGUUUGAGAUUUGGAUAACGAGAAUUGGUGGUGACCUCAAUGAGUUAAAUGUGGAUUAUGUUUACAAGAACAGAAGAGUUUGUCGAAAACAUUUUGUGGAGACAUACCUCUACCCCAAAAAAUUAUGUCCUAUGGCAGUGCCUUCACGUCUUUUACCAAGAGAUGUUGAAGAUGAUAGAAGAAGAAGACCAUUACUGAUUGCUGAACCAAUUAGUAAUAUGCCACUAUUACAUAUGGAUGUACCUAGCACAUCACAAGGUUACAACAUGGACACAACUGAAAGACCUGUAGCUGCUGGUGGAAGAAUGAAGUCACAAUCUCGUCGCCGAUACAAUACUAUGACUGAAAACGAAAAAGCUCUUCUUAAGUUGUCCUCAAAGCUCCAAGCAAGAGUAAGGUUGUUGCAGAAACAGAAAAAUGCCACAAAACAUGAAAUUAAAAUUGUGAAGCAAAUGAAGAAACAAGAUGAGUUCAAAACUGUAUUCGCAGGAUUAAGUGAAGGAGCACAAACAUUUUUUGCAAUGCAAUUAUCGCAAACGGGUAAGAAACUGAAAGGAAGACGUUUCACAACGAAAGAAAAAAUAUUCUGCCUAGCUCUUUAUAAGCGCAGUCCUAAAGCGUACCGCAAAACGUUUAAACAACCAGUAAGCUACACUUUUUGUCGCAGCUCUACAAAAACAAUGAGUUUAAAAGAGCAAAUAAAAGAGGUCAUUGGAGAAAUUCAAAAAACUGGUUUGCGUGUUGUGGCUACUGUUUGUGAUCAGGGAGCAACUAACAGAGCUGCCAUAAACAGUCUUCUAGAAGACACAAGAACCACAUGCAUCAAAGAGGAUAAAGAGUGGUCGGGUGGUUACUUCCAACUGGAAUGUGGAAAAUUACCAGAUGAAUGUAAACACACUGCAAGGUUACUUCGUCUUUUUGACGACCUGUUCGAGUCAGUUAAUGGCAGUUAUCACCAGGUGAGACGUACUGAGUUUGUCCGAGUGUGGAGCCGACUUGUUGAAGACUUUAACAGCCGCGAGUAG